AUGGUAUACGAGGGAAAACGCUCAGCCUCUUGCCCUUGUUUCUUCCUCUUGACUGCCAAGUUCUACUGGAUCCUCACAAUGAUGCAAAGAACUCACAGCCAGGAGUAUGCCCAUUCCAUCCGGAUGGAUGGGGACAUCAUUUUGGGGGGUCUUUUUCCUGUUCAUGCAAAGGGAGAGAGAGGGGUACCUUGCGGGGAGCUGAAGAAGGAAAAGGGGAUCCACAGACUAGAGGCCAUGCUUUAUGCAAUUGACCAGAUUAACAAGGACCCUGAUCUCCUGUCCAAUAUCACUCUGGGUGUCCGGAUCCUUGACACGUGCUCCAGGGACACCUAUGCUUUGGAGCAGUCACUAACCUUCGUGCAGGCAUUGAUAGAGAAAGAUGCGUCUGACGUGAAGUGUGCUAAUGGAGAUCCACCCAUAUUUACAAAGCCCGACAAGAUUUCUGGUGUCAUAGGUGCUGCAGCAAGCUCCGUGUCCAUCAUGGUGGCUAACAUUUUAAGACUUUUUAAGAUACCUCAAAUUAGCUAUGCAUCCACAGCCCCAGAGCUGAGUGACAACACCAGGUAUGACUUUUUUUCUCGGGUGGUCCCGCCUGACUCCUACCAAGCCCAAGCCAUGGUGGACAUUGUGACGGCCCUAGGAUGGAAUUAUGUGUCAACAUUGGCUUCCGAAGGGAACUAUGGAGAGAGUGGUGUUGAGGCCUUUACCCAGAUCUCAAGGGAGAUUG